UCCGCGCUACCUGGCGAGGGCUCCAUACGGCGUUGUUCUUGAUUCCCGGCGUAACUUAAGGGGAAGCUGUCACAAUGUCCGGAGCCCUUGAUGUCCUGCAAAUGAAGGAGGAGGACGUCCUCAAGUUCCUUGCAGCAGGAACCCACCUGGGUGGCACCAACCUUGACUUCCAGAUGGAACAGUACAUCUACAAAAGGAAAAGUGAUGGCAUCUACAUCAUCAAUUUGAAGAGGACCUGGGAGAAGCUUCUGUUGGCGGCUCGUGCUAUUGUGGCCAUUGAAAACCCUGCUGAUGUCAGUGUGAUGUCCUCCAGGAACACUGGCCAGAGAGCUGUGCUGAAGUUUGCUGCUGCCACUGGAGCUACUCCCAUUGCUGGCCGCUUCACGCCUGGAACCUUCACUAACCAGAUCCAGGCAGCCUUCCGGGAACCACGGCUUCUGGUGGUUACUGACCCUCGGGCUGACCAUCAGCCUCUCACGGAGGCCUCUUACGUGAACCUGCCUACCAUUGCUCUGUGUAACACAGACUCUCCUCUGCGCUACGUGGACAUUGCCAUCCCGUGCAACAACAAGGGAGCCCACUCAGUGGGUCUGAUGUGGUGGAUGCUGGCCCGGGAGGUUCUGCGCAUGCGUGGUACCAUCUCCCGUGAACACCCCUGGGAGGUCAUGCCUGAUCUCUACUUCUACAGAGAUCCUGAAGAGAUUGAAAAAGAAGAGCAGGCUGCCGCUGAAAAAGCUGUGACCAAGGAGGAGUUUCAGGGUGAAUGGACGGCCCCAGCGCCCGAGUUCACCGCUACCCAGCCUGAGGUGGCUGACUGGUCUGAAGGCGUGCAGGUGCCCUCCGUGCCUAUUCAGCAGUUCCCCACCGAAGACUGGAGCGCUCAGCCCGCCACUGAAGACUGGUCUGCGGCGCCCACUGCUCAGGCCACAGAGUGGGUGGGAACAACCACUGAGUGGUCUUAAGCUGCUUGUCAUGGAAAUGAGGUUGACGGAAAAUAAACACCAGUUUCUACAGACAAAAAAAAAAAAAA